CCGUGCACCGUAAUACAGGCGAACGUCCACCGGCGUACAGUUAACGGACUUCAUGGAUGUAUAUUCGCAUUAUUGAUAAACAGAGGAAGACAUCUACGAGGAUUUAAAGCUAAACGAGAGGACUUCUAAGCGGACCGGACUUGGACACUUUCCCCCUUAACACGGGGAACUGGAUUAAGCUUCUUCAUGCAACUUUUUUGGAAAGAAACCAAGAGCGUCUCACCGGGGAAUAACAAAAAGAUCAACAACGUAGUCUUCCUGCUCUUAGAGUAGCCUAACCUUCUUGGUUGUGCCGGUGCCCUGUCGCUGCAGGUGAUAUCGCCCCCUCUCCGAUAACUGCAGGUGUCUCGUUCUCUCUCGGUCCCUCCGGGGAGAUGUACCAAGGGUUCCCCGGUGACGCAGACAGCGGAUCCCGUGGAAGCUCGUCUCCAUCCAUUGAAUCACAGUACCUUUCCUCCGUGGACUCCUUCGGGAGCCCGCCGACCACCAGUGCUCCGCAGGAGUGUGUGUCAGCAGGAGCUGGCCUGAGCAUUGUGGGCAGCGGGCCAGGGGCUAGUGUUGGAGGGGAAAUGCCUGGUUCAUUUGUGCCCACCGUCACCGCCAUCACCACCAGUCAGGACCUGCAGUGGAUGGUCCAACCAACCCUCAUCUCCUCUCAGGCCUCUGGACAGAGUGGGUCCACUGGCACUACAACCAUGACCCAACCAUCAUCACUGGUUGACCCAUAUGACAUGCCCGGCCCCAGCUUCUCCUCUGGGUCAGGGUUCAACCCUCCAAGUUCAGAAACUCCAGGCCCCGCGCCUGGCCCAAUCCGCCAGUCCAGAACCCGUAGCCGUCGUACACGAGACGAGUCUGUGAGUGAAGAUGGAGAUGUUGGUGUGUUACUAACACCUGAGGAGGAGGAGAAGAGACGUGUUCGCCGAGAGAGAAACAAGCUGGCAGCCGCCAAAUGCAGAAACCGCAGACGAGAACUCACAGACAGACUGCAGUCGGAGACGGACAUUCUGGAGGAGGAGAAGGCAGAGCUGGAAGCUGAGAUCUCUGAGCUGCAGAAGGAGAAGGAGCGCCUGGAGUUUGUCUUGGUGGCCCACCAACCCAACUGCAAGAUCCCAUACCAGGACCAACCACAGCAGGGCUCGGUGCAGCUCCCUCCAGUCCAGCCCCAGCUCGCUCCCCAGACCUUACAACCUCCCGUCUCCAUUGUGGGCUUGACUGUGAAGGAGGACUCUUUCUACCUGCCUCCUGCCUACACAGCCCAUCCGCCCUCCACACAGUCCCAGCCUCCGGUUCAGCCGCAGCAGCAAGUCCAGCCGCAGCCUCAGCCUCAGCCAGGGAUGAUGCAGGAGGUAGAGUUUUCUAGUUCUUUCUAUGGCUCGAGUGAGCCAACACCAGGCGGGCCGUGCCUUAUGGCCAGCGACAGUGGUGGUGGUGGUGGUAACCAUGACGAUGCGGCCAUUGGCAGCUACAACACCUCAUACACAUCUUCAUUUGUGUUCACCUACCCAGAGGGAGCCUGCGGGGUCAGUGCCAACCAGCGGAACAGCAGUAGCGAGCAGUCAUCUGAUUCCCUGAACUCGCCUUCUCUGCUGGCGCUCUGACUGACCGACAGACACACGCGCACACAUAUCAACAUGCACACUCAUUAUGCUCGCUGGAAGUAGAGCCAGAGGCAAGUACAUGCACAGUACCUACGGUAUCAGCCUCAUAGAUUGAUAUGACUAACAAUCACUUGUACGAUUGAUUUAAAGUUUACACAUUCUAAAAUGCAUUCCAAAUAAGAGCCAUAUAAAUAGUUGCACAUGAAUACUGAGAUUUAAUGCUUAACAUUGAGCUUAAACAAAAGAAAAUAACUUCUUAUAUUACCAGUAUAACUGCAAACAGAUACGAGGAUUAAUUAAGACUGAGUCACAAUAUAAAGUCUAAGUUGGAAGCAUAAUUGCUCUGAAUUAACAGAUUAUUUCACAUAGAAUAUUCUCGAUCUACAACAUGUACAGUACAUAACAUGCCAACAAGCACCAGAGCCCCCACCUU